UCGUCAACGUUGCAUUCUCUUGGGUAUAUUAUUUUUCGAAGCUGAUUUUUUUUUUGAUUUAAAAGUUUUUUAUUGUCAGAGGAAAGAUGGAAGGGAUGGAAAUUACCGAGAUCGAUGUCAAGGACGUGAGGUUCCCAACUUCCUUGAAAUUUGAUGGGAGUGAUGCCAUGCACACCGAUCCCGACUAUUCCUGCGCUUACGUUACAAUAAAAACUAAUAGAGGCAUCGAGGGAUACGGACUGACCUUCACUUUGGGAAGAGGAACUGAAAUCGUCGUUCUCGCCUGCAAAACGAUAUCGAGGCUGAUCGUAGGCACCAAAGUCCAAGACGUGUUCAACGGCUUUGCCUCUUUCUGGAGGAAAAUCACGAGCGAGUCUCAGCUGCGAUGGAUCGGCCCGGAAAAGGGAGUGACCCAUUUGGCCACAGCCGCCGUGGUCAACGCUCUCUGGGACUUGUGGGCGCGCAUUGAGAAAAAACCAUUGUGGAGACUGCUGGUCGAUCUCACCCCCGAGCAACUGGUCUCCACGAUAGACUUUCGAUACAUGUGA